AUGUACAACGCCCCGAGCAGAUCGUAUAACGACUCAAGAAGAACGUAUAACGCCCCGAGCAGAACGUUCAACGACCCGAACAGAACGUACAACGACCCGAGCACACCGUACAACGGCCCCGGCAGAUCGUAUAACGCCCCGAGCAGAACGUACAACGCCCCUUGCAGAACGUACAACGCCCCGAGCAGAUCGUACAACGACCCGAGCAGAUCGUACAUCGACUCAAACAGAACGUACAUCGCCCCUUGCAGAACGCAAAACGAUCCGACCAGAACGUACAACGACCCGAGCAGAACGUACAACGACCCGAACAGAACGUACAACGACCCGAGCAGAACGCACCUACGAUCCGAGCAGAACGUACAACGCCCCUAG